UUUGGUGACUCGUUUCGUCGCAGGAAACUGACGUCACUGAGUGAGAUUUUUGUAGAGGCGGGUUAGAAGCUUCUGGAAGAGUCUCCCUGUGAACUGAGGCUGUGAGGAUUCAAACUACUUUCUUCAUACAAGGUUAUCCGUCAAAGACAAACAUGGUGAAGGAAACGGGCUUCUAUGACACAUUGGGUGUGAAACCUAAUGCGACUCCCGACGAACUGAAAAGGGCGUAUCGCAAACUAGCUUUGAAAUAUCACCCGGACAAAAAUCCCACGGAAGGAGACAAGUUCAAGCAGAUCUCACAGGCAUACGAGGUUUUGUCAGAUGCCAAGAAGAGAGAGGUUUAUGACCGUGGAGGCGAAAAGGCUAUAAAAGAAGGAGGGACUGGUGGAGGUGGUGGUGGGAGCUUUGCAUCGCCAAUGGACAUCUUUGACUUGUUUUUUGGUGGAGGUAGUCGGAUGCACCGAGAGCGAAAAGGGAAGAACAUUGUUCAUCAGAUUUCAGUGACGCUGGAAGAUCUUUAUAAUGGAGGUACAAGAAAACUUGCUCUCCAGAAGAACACUAUUUGUGAGAGAUGUGAAGGUCGUGGGAGUCGGAAAGGAGCUGCACAGAUGUGCAUGUCUUGCCACGGCACAGGCAUGCAGGUCCGCAUGCACCAACUAUUACCAGGUAUGGUGCAGCAAGUGUCCACAGUGUGCCACAACUGUCAGGGCCAAGGACAGAGAAUCAGCCACAAGGAUCGCUGCAAAGCAUGCGUGGGUCGAAAGAUCCUGCGCCAGAAGAAGGUUUUGGAGGUCCAUAUUGACAAAGGAAUGAGAGAUGGCCAGAAGAUCGUUUUCCAUGGAGAGGGAGACCAGGAGCCCGGAAUCGAGCCGGGGGACAUCAUCAUUGUCUUGGACCAGCGAGAACAUUCACGCUUCACCAGGAAAGGAGAAGACCUGAUCAUAUCAAUUGAGUUACAGCUGGUUGAGGCUUUGUGUGGCUUCAAGAAGCCUGUUCAGACACUGGACAACAGAACUCUCCUCAUCACCUCGCACCCAGGGGAAUUAAUCAAGCCUGGAGACACGAAGUGCAUCUUGAAUGAAGGGAUGCCCAUGUAUCGCAGACCGUUUGAGAAGGGGCGCCUUAUUAUUAACUUCACGGUGGUGUUUCCACAAGCCAACUUCCUUUCCAAGGACAAGCUAAAGGAUCUGGAGCGCUACUUCCCUGAAAAGCUGGAUGCCGAGCAGCCAGACAGUAUGGACGACGACCUCUACAUCUACGCCGACCUGGAGGACUGUGACCUUGAGAACAGAAAAAGAAACAACCAACAGUACUACUACAUGGAUGAAGACGACUAUGCCAGCACUGGUGGUGUUCAGUGCCAGACGUCUUAAAUAACGACUGGCAUGUUCUUAUUCCAGAAGCCCGACCCUCAUCAUCUCUAAAGCAAAGCACCUUUUUUUUUGUUGGAGUUUUUGUGCACUUUUUAUUUAAUUACUUCUCUUAAAGUCGUAACUGUUGAAGUUAAUCUGAAUUCUGUCAAUCUGAAUCAGAAAACAGUGUCCCAACACCCUCUUAAUAUAUUGUUCUAAUACUUUUUGGAUGGAGUAGAGUAUCCUAUGUUUCCAGGAUUAAACUUGGAACCGGGUGAAUGGGAUUCCUCUUCAUCUCUGGGACCUUUUUUGUUUUUUCAAUCACACUGUGAUUAGAGACGAGGGGUAUUACAGAGGCUUCAGAAAAAACCGUUGUCUGAACAAAGACUGCCUGCUUUUUAUGCAUUUACACUAAAACGGAUGCCAAUAUUAAUAUGAAAAUAACUUUUUUUUAUAGUGUUACUAGAUCAGUUGUUGUGAACCAAUUGUUGAUGACUUGUUCAAUCCUGUUGUGUGUGUGUGUGUGUGUGUGUGUGUGUACAGACCCAGUCCUCAGAUGAUGGUUGGGGGGGGGGGGGGGGGGGUUGUGCAUUGAGACUGAGUUGAAACAUUCAUGCUGUUUUACCCUUUAAAGGGCUAUUUUCUAGACAUUCGUUAACAAUCCUGAAAUUGUGGCAAGAAGAUGCGAGUUGGGAGUAAAGGUCAUGAUGAUUUCAUGCAUGGAAGUAUUUAGGUUCAUGCCACUAAUGUAGACUAUUCCAAUUUAUAUUUAAGUUUAGUUUAAUAUUUUAAUAUUUGAGCUGCAAAGAGUUGUCUUUGGUAAUGCCACACGUUUGUUUGUUUGUUUGUUUGUUUGUUUUGGAAACCUUGAGUGGAAAGUAGAACAUCUUGUGCGUAUAAACAAUACAGUUUGAAAUGAGCCAAAUAUGACUGCAUAUUAAUGUCAGGGGUAGGUAUUAAGAAACAGAAGGUCAAAGAUAAGUAAGAAGUCUCUUCAUUUAGAAAACAAACGUCACAGAUCAGAGGGGUUUCCAAGAAGCAGUUGAUCUGGAUAACUUAACUCAAACAUUCAUGUUUAAGAUUGUAUGUGGUUUCGGGCUUUUAAUUGGCAAAAAGUUAUCUCCGAUAACUUGUUAAAACGUCUUCUUAUAACCGCUCCCUAAUGCUUCGAUGGCGAGUGUCGAUGUACAAAACUAGAUUGAGAGAAGGGAUUAAUGUUAAAUAGUUAUUUUAAAGAUCGAAUGUUCUUGAGAUUAUUUCAUGUCAUUUUAAAAUCAUUAAAAAAUGAAUUCAAACCCAAAUCUGGAAUUUAAAUUAGACAUUUUAAUCAAAGUAUGUUGUCCCACAAGAAGUGUCUUUUUGUUUUUUGUUUUUUUUCAUAAUUCUAGUCCUAAUUGUAAAUGCCAAAUGUGUCGUCGGGAGGUUAUGGAGGGACUAAAAGUCUUGAAGUGUCUGUUUUGAAAGCCUUAUCAUAACUUAACUUGAAGCUACUUGAUAAUGUAGGUUUUUUUCUUUUUUCAGUGAUGACUUUGCCUUUGGAUAUUGUAAAACACAACUAUGCUUAUCAGAAGGGAGAUUCCUUAAAUUGUUGAAACCGAUGCAAAUUAAUGAGAACACCCAAUGUCAGGACAACUUGAAUCAAAUAGGUGUUUUCAAGUUCUUAAGUAUGUGUGUGUGUUAGGACCAACGAUCAAGUUGUUUAUGUUCAUGUUUUCUAAUUAAAUGCAGUUUGAUGGUCUCUCUAAAUUGUGGAAUUACUUUGUGUGAGUGAUAUUUACUUUUCAAGCUUUUGCUGUAACCGUGUCCCGAUGAGGGUUUUUGAAGCAAAAACAAAAGCUACCUUUUUUGUUACCCGUCUGCAUUUCAUAGUUAAACUGCAUUUUAUUUUGUACAAAGAUCAUUUUAAUUUUCUUAUGGUUACAUUAUUUGAUUAUAUGAUUUGUUAAUCUUUUUUUUUUAAAGCAAAACUACCAAAUGUAACCCUGGUUCCAGACUCUAAAUGUGAAUAUUUACUGGAUUUCUUAGUGACAGUAAACGGAAUAUCUUUUGAUUUUGGACUGUUAGUUGGACAAAACAACAAUUUGAAAAUGUCACUUUGCCUAAAGUUAAAAUUAUUCUAAUUGAUCGUUUUCCAAUAAAGAGACGAGCAUA